CUCUUUCUUCUUUGAACCUCUCCACCACGAUGAAGCACAAAGUCUCCAAACGAGUAAUAUCUCUGAAAUGGGUUCCAUUUCUCUGCAUCUCUUUCUUCGCUCUCGGAGCAAUCUUCACCUCCAGGUCAUGGGAGCCGUCGUCAGAUUCCGGAAGUCAGCUAAUUUCACAGCAUCAUCGUGAUCAUGAACUUCAGAUUGUAUCUGACGAUUGUGCUCAUAAUAAAAAAGCUACACAAGAAAAAGAUGUAACUGGCGAAGUUUUGAGAACUCAUGAAGCUAUACAGUCGUUGGAUAAGUCAGUUUCUACACUUUCUUCUACAAGGAGCUCUCAAGAGAUGGUUGAUGGCUCGGAAACAAACCCGAGGAAGAAAGUGUUUAUGGUAAUGGGAAUCAAUACCGCAUUUAGCAGUAGAAAACGGCGUGAUUCAGUUAGAGAAACAUGGAUGCCUCAAGGUGAGAAGCUUGAAAGACUGGAACAGGAGAAGGGGAUUGUGAUCAAGUUCAUGAUUGGACACAGUGCGACGUCAAAUAGUAUAUUGGAUAGAGCUAUUGAUUCAGAAGAUGCUCAACACAAAGACUUCCUUAGGCUGGAGCAUGUUGAAGGAUAUCACGAACUCUCAGCAAAAACCAAGAUAUUCUUUUCCACUGCAGUAGCCAAAUGGGAUGCAGAGUUCUAUAUCAAGGUAGAUGAUGAUGUUCACGUCAAUCUCGGUAUGCUUGCUUCCACACUUGCCCGUCACCGCUCAAAGCCGAGGGUUUAUAUUGGUUGUAUGAAGUCAGGGCCUGUUCUUGCUCAGAAGACAGUAAAGUACCAUGAACCUGAGUAUUGGAAAUUUGGAGAGGAUGGUAACAAAUACUUUCGACAUGCUACAGGACAGAUCUAUGCCAUCUCCAAGGAUCUUGCUAAUUACAUAUCCAUCAACCAGCCAAUUUUGCAUAAGUAUGCCAAUGAAGAUGUGUCUUUAGGGUCAUGGUUUAUCGGUCUUGAGGUUGAACAUAUUGAUGACCGCAACUUCUGUUGUGGGACUCCUCCAGAUUGUAGAUGGAAGGCAGAGGCGGGCGAUGUUUGUGUGGCCUCAUUCGAAUGGAGCUGUAGUGGGAUUUGCAAGUCCGUAGAGAGAAUGAAGAUAGUGCAUGAAGUUUGUAGUGAAGGAGAAGGAGCUGUUUGGAAUACGCUUCUGUAAAAGAUCAUUUCAGUUCCCAAUCAGCCAAGUGGUUCCAAUACUAAACAUAACUUUGAUAGACUGCUACAAGAAAGGGAAAGAGAGAGCAAGAGAGGAGAAGGCAAAUUUUGUAAAGAAGAACCAAAGGUAUACAAAUCAUAUACUUGAGAAUAUAUUUGCUUAGUUGUUGUUGUGUGAUUGGCUUUGUUGUUUCUUCUACUUGAGUUAGAUCAUGUUAGUAUAAUCUUGGACAAAAGGGCAAAUGAGCUAAAAAAUGCAUAACUAAAGAAUUUUCAGAC